CCUCCUUUUCUCUCUCCCGGGGUUGCUCAGUAGAGUUUACCCAUUUACAGAAAUGGGUUUCCCUGCAAUUUCUACUCUCUCUUCUCUAGUGAACUUUCUGUUUGGGUGCUUAGAAAAUUCGAGGAAAAGAAGUUUUCUUUUUUGUGUUUUUUAUUGUUUUGGGUCCUCACAUAAUGGAUAAAGAAAACGUGGGUCGGGAAUAUUACCAAGCACCUGGCCUUAUCUUAUCCUGUUUGGGAGUAAAUGGAUUGAGUUUAUGCAUCGAUUGAGAAAAAAUUGUGGAAAUUUAGUACCAAUAGUUGGAAAAUUUUGGAUGAAAACUUUGGAAAAUGUAUAUGGGUGUUCAUAACCAUAGAUAUUGGACAUAGAUUUAUCGCAUGGAUGCUUUGAUGGAUAGGUAAAUAUAUUUUGGAUGCUAGUUUGAAUGCUGAAAAAAAUUGGCUUCAGCAAGUGGUUAGCUCCAUUAUUCCUAUGAGAAGGUUGUUUCUAAUCAUAAAUUUGGGUUUUUAUCAGGAGCUUGUCUGUUCCGGAAUGUGUAUAUUGUGGAUAAUAGUUAGAAUGCUGAAAAAUUGGUUUCUGCAAGUGGUUAGCUCCAUUAUUCCUAUGAGAAGGAGAUUGUCUGUUCCGGAAUGUGUUCCGGGCACCCUUUUGUGGCCGCUGUUUGGCUAUGUGGUGGACUGCACACAUUUGCAACCAAGCACAAUGCAAUCAAUUUUUCGGGUUUCUGUCAUGAAGAAUGUGCCUCCCUCUCUUGGGUUUAGUAGUUCCUUCUCAAGACUCCACUCUCUUGGAGCACUGCAAAUGAGCGUCAAUGCAGGAGAAACACUUGAUUCUGAUGAGUGUGGGGAGUCAAAACUUGGGGCAGAUUCAUCUAAGAAGCAUACUUUGAAUGGGGUGGUUCAGUUGGAUAGUUAUUCCAACUCGGGUGAAAUUUAUAUCAAUGAUCAUUGUAAGGAAAGCCAAAGAAGAAGAAAGAUAGGUCUAGCAAACAAAGGUAGAGUUCCAUGGAAUAAAGGCAGAAAACAUAGUGCAGAGACUCGUGAGAAGAUCAGACAGAGAACAAUACAAGCCUUGAGAGAUCCCAAGGUUAGACAGAAGAUGUCUGAAUGUCCCCGUACUCACAGCGAACAAAGCAAGGCAAAAAUACGGUCUUCACUCCGCCGGGUCUGGGGAGAGCGCUUGAAAUGGAAACGGUCAAGGGAGAAAUUUUAUCUGUCAUGGGCAGAAAGCAUAGCAAAGGCGGCUAAGAAAGGUGGGAGUGACCAAGAAGAACUAGAUUGGGAUAGCUAUGAUAAGAUAAAAGAAGAGAUAGCUCUUCAACAGCUUCAGUGGGCUGAAAACAAGAAAAAGGCAAAGGAACUUGCAAAGAUGAGAGCAGAGAGAGCUGCACGGGCCAGAGCAGAAAAGAUGGCAAUGCUUGCUGAAAAGAGAAGAGAGCGGGAACGGCAGGCAGAAGCAAGAGGAGAAAUAAAGAGAGAGACAACUAGGAAAUCAAAGGAAGACAAAGAAGAGUUAGCAGUUGCCAAGGGCUUAAAACUCAAAGAGAGAUUAACAAAGAUGGGCAAGUGAGUAGAUCAGAGCAGUCUUUUCCAAGGGGAUUCAGUUGGUCAAAAUUGUAGAAGGUUGGUUCAACUGUUGAACCAUGAUUAGGAAGUAGGAAUAGGCCAGAGGAAAGGGAAAUUCAGUGAAAUAAAGAGGUGGAGAAUUGAAACUUUCAUCCCUAGGACUGGGGAGAGAAUUUGGACUGUGAAGUUUGUCGUUGAGUUGAUACUGAGCCCAUUGGAUGUUUCCUCUUUUUGGCGUUUAUCUUUGAAACCCAAGACUCAUAUUGGCCUAACCGCUUUAUCAAAAAGUGUGGUGUAGAAUACCUUAGAGGCUGGGUUCCUUUUAGGAGAUAACACAUGCCAUAAGGUUUCUACAUGGAACUAUUACAAAAUUUUCUGCUUAAUUUCUUUAUUCUUUAAACCCCUUAUAAAAUUGCCAAUUUUUCUAGUAUAAUGUACCUGUGCAUCUGAUUAUACACAUUCCCCUUUCUUGCGUUUGUGCAUAGGUUAGGGCUUCCCCCCGGAUGGAACUGUCUAUAGGUCCCAUACCAUACAACAUACAGAAAUCAUGUUGAAAUUCUUCCAUUAUUUUCCAAUGUCACUACUAUGCUCUAAUGAUCCUAUUUUCUGAAUU